AUGAUACAGUCAAGAAAAGCUGGACUCGCCCACACACUGGCCACCAGGACCUCCCUGAAAGACGAGGAGCUUAAAACCCAUGUCUACAAGAAGACCCUGCAGGCCCUGAUCUACCCCAUCUCCUGCACCACACCGCACAAUUUUGAGGUGUGGACAGCCACCACGCCCACCUACUGCUACGAGUGUGAGGGUCUGCUGUGGGGCAUCGCUCGGCAGGGUAUGAGAUGUGCAGAGUGUGGGGUCAAAGUGCAUGAGAAAUGCCAAGAGCUGCUGAAUGCUGACUGCCUGCAGAGAGCAGCAGAGAAGAGUUCCAAGACAGGGGCGGAGGACCGCACACAGCACAUCAUCACAGCGAUGAAGGACAGGAUGAAGAUCCGCGAGAGGAACAAGCCAGAGAUCUUUGAGGAGAUCCGAAAGCUGUUCAACAUCACCAAGAUGAUCCACAUCCAGUACAUGAAGGGCAUCAAGCAGAGUGUCCUGGAUGGCACCUCCAAGUGGUCUGCCAAGAUCACCAUCAACAUCGUCAGUGCACAGGGUCUCCAGGCCAAGGACAGGACAGGAUCCAGUGACCCAUAUGUCACUAUCCAAGUAGGGAAAACCAAGAAGAGGACAAAGACCAUCUACGGCAACCUGAACCCUGUCUGGGAGGAAAAGUUCAGCUUCGAGUGCCACAACUCGUCUGAUCGUGUAAAGUUGCGUGUUUGGGACGAAGACGACGACAUCAAGUCUCGAGUGAAGCAAAGACUGAAGAGAGAAUCUGACGACUUCCUGGGUCAGAGCAUAAUUGAGGUCCGAACUCUGAGUGGAGAGAUGGAUGUCUGGUACAACCUGGAAAAGAGAACAGACAAGUCGGCUGUGUCUGGUGCGAUUCGUCUUCAGAUCAGCGUGGAGAUCGAGGGAGAGGAGAAAGUGGCACCCUACCAUGUACAGUACACAUGCCUUCAUGAGAACAUGUUCCACUACUCGACAGACGUGGAGGGCGGCGGCGUGGUGAAAAUCCCAGUAGCUCAGGGAGACGAUGCCUGGAAGGUUUAUUUUGAUGAGCUGCAGCAGGAUAUCGUGGAUGAGUUUGCCAUGCGCUACGGCAUCGAAUCCAUAUACCAGGCCAUGACACAUUUCUCCUGCCUGUCCUCUAAGUACAUGCUGUCAGGGGUGCCUGCAGUGAUGAGCACCCUGCUGGCCAACAUCAAUGCCUUCUACGCCCACCCCACCGCCUCCACUAACGUGUCUGCACCGGCCAGAUUUGCAGCCUCCAACUUCGGGAGAGAUCGUUUUGUAAAGCUUCUGGAUCAGCUGCACAACUCUCUCCGUAUUGACCUCUCCAUGUACAGAAACAACUUCCCAGCCAGCAGCAAGCCUCGCCUCAGUGACCUCAAGUCAACUGUGGAUCUUCUCACCAGCAUCACCUUCUUCAGGAUGAAGGUCCUGGAGUUGCAGAGUCCUCCCCGGGCCGCCAAUGUGGUGCGAGACUGUGUUAAGGCUUGUCUGAACUCCACCUACGAGUACAUCUUCAACAACUGUCUGGAGCUCUUCAACCGUCAAUUCCAACCUAAAGAAGAGAGUCAGCCAGAGGAGCAGGGGCCGAGCAUCCAGAAUCUGGACUUCUGGCCUAAACUCAUCACACUCAUUGUGUCCAUCAUUGAGGAGGACAAGAAUUCAUACACACCCAUCAUCAAUCAGUUUCCUCAGGAGCUCAAUGUGGGAAAAGUCAGUGCGGAGGUCAUGUGGUUGCUGUUCGCUCAGGACAUGAAAUACGCACUGGAGGAGCAUGAGAAACACAGACUGUGUAAGACUGCUGACUACAUGAACCUGCACUUCAAAGUCAAGUGGCUUUACAACGAGUAUGUGAAGGACCUGCCCGCCUUCAUAGACACUGUGCCUGAGUACCCUGCCUGGUUCCUUCAGUUCGUGCUGGCCUGGUUGGCUGAGAAUGAGGAGGUGUCGAUGGAGUUCAUGCACGGAGCACUGGAGAGAGACAAGAGAGAAGGGUUCCAGCAGACGUCUGAGCACGCUCUGUUCUCCAGCUCUGUGGUCGACAUCUUCACUCAACUCAACCAGAGCUUUGAGAUCAUCAAGAAGCUGGACUGUCCAGACCCCGCUGUGGUGGCUCAUUAUAAUCGACGGUUUGCCAAGACGAUCACCAAAGUGCUGCUGCAGUACUGUGCCCUGCUGGCCAAGAGCUUCCCCUCCUACUGCGAGAAGGAGAAGAUACCCUGUGUGCUGAUGAACAACAUCCAGCAGAUGAGGGUCCUGUUGGAGAAGAUGUUUGAGUCGAUGGGAGCAAAAAUGCUGGACACAGAGGCAGCUGACAUCCUCAACGACCUGCAGGUGAAGCUCAACACUGUCCUGGACAACUUCAGUGCCAUAUUUGCAAAGAGUUUCCAGACUCGUAUCACCGGCUGCAUGCGUCAGAUGGCUGAGAUCCUCUACCAGAUCAAAGGACCCCCCAACCACAACACAGCAGAGGCAGACGCUGACAACAUGCUGAGGCCCCUCAUGGAGUUUCUGGACGGGAACCUCAGUAUCUUUGCUGACGUCUGUGAGAAGUCAGUGCUGAAGAGGAUCCUGAAGGAUCUGUGGAAGACCGUCCUGAGCAGCCUGGAGAAGACCAUCGUCCUGCCUCAGAGCAACGACAGCCUGGGAGCCCAACUCCUCACAGCAGCUAAAGGACUUUCUAAUUUAAAGGGAGGAGGUGAAGCCAAAACGUUGACGCCCAAACAGUGUAUCAUCAUCGAUGCAGGGCUGGAGACCAUCAAGCAAUACUUUCAUGCAGGAGGAAACGGGCUGAAGAAAGCGUUUGUGGAGAAAAGUCCUGAACUAGCUUCACUGCGAUAUGCUCUCUCUCUCUACUCUCAGAGCACUGAUGCUCUGAUCAAGACCUUUGUCACCACACAGCACUCACAAGUGCACGACGGGAUGGGCAUAAGAAUUACCGGCAAUGAGAAGAUUCGACCUGACAGAGGCUCGGGGAUCGAGAAGCCCAUAGGAGAGGCUAUUCUACAGAUCGACAUGCUGCUCGGUAAAGAACGCAAAGUCACUGUCAGAGUGAUUGCUGUGAACGACAUGAAGUGGCAGACAUCCGGGAUGUUCCGGCCGUUCGUCGAGGUCUCCAUGGUCGGCCCCUUCCUGGCUGACAAGAAGAGAAAGUUCACCACAAAAUCCAAGAACAACAGCUGGACGGCAAAGUUCAAUGAGGCUUUCCAGUUUGUCCUGGGUAAAGAGUCUCCAGACUGCUACGAACUCCAGGUGACUGUGAAGGAUUACUGUUUUGGCCGGGCGGACCGGGUGGUGGGCAUGGCGGUGAUUCAGCUACGUGACGUGGCAGACAGAAAGAGCUGCGUGUGCUGGUGUCCAAUCGGGCCACGCAUUCAGACGGAUGAGACAGGCCUGACAGUGAUGCGUAUCCUGUCCCAAAGACCUGCUGACGAGGUGGCCAAGGAGUUUUUCAAGCUGAAAUCUGAAACCCGUCCUGUUGAGGAGGGCAGAUGAGUCGAGACAACUGACGUCAGAUCAGAGACUGUUUGAAAUAUGGAAAUCAAAACUGACAUGGAUCAUGGUCAGAGUUUGGAAUGAGAGCUACAAGUUUCUCACUUCUUUGUUUGUUGUUUACGAGCGCUGUCAUCUCUAUCCUCAGUAAACACAGAUCAUUAAAGCUUCUGACUGAUAAGUUUAAACAUGAAGGACAUCCAAGCAACAAGUUACAGCUUGGUUAGAAAUAUAUUAAAAGGAUAAAACACUGAAAAAGAAAACAUCUACCCAUAAAAAUAACUAAUAUCAUAACUAUCAAUGACAAAUGGGUAGUAAUCACAGAUUUGUGUGGUUAAAAAUGGUUAGUCCAGAUCUUAUUUGUAUUUAUUUUCUACAUAUCCUGACUGAUUAUUUUGCAAAUUAAAAUUACGACACUAGUUGUCUGCCAGGGCAACCGAAUGCCACAACGUUUUAACAAAUUGACUUUAUUGAUUGGAUUUUGUGUGUCAGCUGAAGAGAGACAGGAAAUUCAAACCCACGGCCGCUGCAACGAGAAUAGCCUCUGUACAUGGGGCACAGGACAUGACCACUAGGCUGUCUGGCACCCUGUUCUUAUCACUGUUAUCUUGACUACCCAACAUUGUCUCCCAAAAACAGGCAUAGGAUAUCACAUAAGGUCAUUACAAUACCAAGCUCUACGCUAAGUAUGAGUCCAAAUCUUUGUGAAAAAUGCAAAGACAGAAUAAGUAGAAUUUGUCAGCAGCGGUUUAUAAACAGUACGUUCAAAGUUGGCCCAUCCUCCUUGGUUUAACGGAUGAGUCCUGUUUUCAUACCCUGUAGACUAUACUGUAUUAUGGCCCCAGGCUUCACUCAACCUGCAAAAAGGUUGACACCAAGAAACUUUCUCAUCACAGCCAAACACAAAGAUACAUGCUGAAAGCAAGGUCUUUGUUGUUUCUUUCUUUGCGAAUGAAAUUCUUCUUAUUCUGCCUUAAAGCAAGACACCAAAGGAGGCUGCUAAAAUGGAGUCCUAUCCAACAAUUGUUCCCAAUCAUGAACAUUUUAAAAAACGCAACUAGUUAUUAAUUUUAAGGGAUCAAUGGUAGCUCUGUUUUGUAUAGCCUACAUCUUUUAGAAGCAGAGUAGACAGGAUCCCAACAUUAAAGUAGGCUGCACCACGAUGAAGAGUUUAUAAAAGUGCCACCUUUCUGGAGUUGUCACAUGUUAACACUAUAGCAUAUUGUUAUGUGUUGAAUCAAGAAGAAGUGUGUCAAAAUGUGUGAGGCUCUUUUCUACUAAACUGCUGGUGAUAGUUUUCUAAACUGAAUGUAUAAGACUUGAAAAAAGAGAAAAGAUAUGACACAAAUUGCAUCGCCUUAAAAAGAGGGGCUACCUUGUAGAGCUAGCUAAAGGAGCUGGCAAAUGAAGCUAGCUAACAGUACUCAAUACUUAAUAAAUGAAUGGUUCUUUUAUCUAAAACACUAACUUGCACACCAAAAAGGCAUUGAUUUAUUUUUCAAGAAGCAAAGAACUAUAGUUGUGAUAGUUAAAAAAAAAUAUGUUACUGAACUCUGGACUGUAGCCUGUAGAAAAAAGUUCAGAUGCAGGUUUUGAAUUUUGCUCUUCUGUUUUUGCCAAGUUUUCAUACUGUGACUGUGAACACUGUUUACCUGUAAAUUCGCUCUGAAUAGAAACAACCAAACGUUUACAACCUGUUUACAUGAGUUUAAUAGUUUGAUUAUCUUUCCUGAGGACCCAUAUGGAACUCUGAAGUUUUCUUUUCAUCUGUUUUUACAGUUUAAAGUUGAAUGAGAACAAAUCAGAUAACACAGCCUUGUCAUGCAUGCACAGUCACUACACCAUAUUCUACUGAAUACCUGAUUGGUGUUCUGCUUCAGAGACACUAUACACUUGAAAAAAAAACAAUGCUGGUGGCUGUUAGUUAACUAAACAUGGUUUGAUCCACACUAGUGUCUGUUUACUACGUGCCAAGGAACACAAGUGUUCAGCGAGCCAUAUGUUCAACUGGCUCUUCUUACAGUAGGUAUUCAGGGUUGUUUGCUGACCGAUGUGGCAGUUGUAGAUCUCCCUAUUAUUGCACUUUUGUCAAAACUAGCUGCACUGUGGGUUCUCAGAUCAAAAGGAUAGGUCUGCUAGAAUUUACAAGAGAUAGUAUGGUAAAGUAGUGAAUGGUUUUAUCUAAUAUGAGUGCAUAAAAGGGUAUAUUUUACAGUGGCCACAGCUGUAGCAACAACUGAACUCUUGCACCAUGUUUAAAAGUAAGAUUGUAAAAAAUUCUACAAGGGGAGCAUGUAUUUAUUGUAUACAAAGUAAACUAGGAGUGUGAUCUUUUUUCUUGUAUGUACUGUGAAAUAACAUGAUUGAUCAAAUGUAUGUAAAGUAUAGUUAUAAUUAAU